AUGGGCGCCGUCUGCUCUGGGGGCUCCCUGGCCUUCUCCGCGGUGGCGCUGCCGCAGCUGCAGGACGACCAGGACCAGCUGGACGCCGACCAGGCCUCGUGGUUUGCGAGCCUGUCGUCGAUGUGCACGCCGGUGGGCUGCGUGGUGUGCGGCCUGCUGCUGGACCGGCUGGGGCGGCGCCCGCUGCUGCUGCUGCUGGACGCGCCCUUCCUGGCCGGCUGGCUGCUGCUCGCGCUCUGCCCGCAGCCGGCCCGCGACCACGCCGCGCAGCUCUACGCCGGCCGCCUGCUCACCGGGCUCGCCACAGGCCUGGCGAGCGUGCCGGCGACGGUGUACCUGGGGGAGACGGCCCCGCCGCGGCUGCGCUCCACGUUCGUGACGUGGACGUCGCUGUCCAUCUCUGCGGGCAUCCUGCUGGCGUACGCGCUGGGGGCGGCGCUGCCGUGGAGGGCGGCGGCCGGCGCGUGGGCGGCGCUGCCGGGGGCCGCGCUGCUGCUCACGUGGCUGCUGCUGCCGGAGUCGCCUGCGUGGCUGGCGCGCCGGGGGCGGACCGCCGAGGCGGAGGCGGCUUUGCGGAGGCUGCGCGCCCAGCCCCCGGCCGGGCCGCUGCCUCCUGCCGUUGCGGCAGAGCUGGCCCUCCUGCAGGCGCUGGAGCCUGUACUGGCACCCGCCCACAGCGCGCCGCCGCCGAGCCUCGGAAAGGGGGGCGAGGCAAAAGAACUGGCAGUAGCUACGGCUCCGAUGACAACAGACGGUUGUUCCUUUAACACGCCACCAGGUAAACACCUAGUGGAUGCUGAAGACAGUGGCCGUCAGUCGACAAACAGUCAAACAGGCGAAAAAGAAGAAAAUCGGAGCGAUUGUGAGCUAAGAGACAGUAGUGGCGCCGAAUACCGUCCAGCGGUCCAACAGAAACUUGAUAACUCGAACCACCUCGACGUCUCAGCACGUACAAGUAUCAGAAGCAACCACUCGGCACAGCAUUCUUUACACGGGCAUUCUAACCUUGCCUUUGAAGAAGAUGCUGUUGCAAUCCCAGUAUUGGAUCACGGACUGCACUCCCCCAUUUGUGUAGCAGAUCAGAGUCAAGAUGGUAAUCUACAGACAGUUCAGUGGGCAGGCCGUAAAAGUGAAGAUAAACCCACUUAUUCCUGUGGCAGUAUGGAUGUCACAGGGAAGCAUCCACCUCUUGCUGGUGUUUAUGUGGUUGUGUCCUAUGCUGUGGAUAUUGUGACUAAUGCAGGAGUGGUUAUUGAUGCAUACAUGGCCACAAUCAUGCUUGGUGGUGUACAGCUUGUCUCUAGCCUUGUUGUCAGCUACAUUGUUACCAGAUGUGGUCGUCGGCCAUUAUCAAUCAUCUCUGGUGCUGGCAUGAUGCUUUGUAUGUUGGGACUCUCAAUCUACCUGCAACUAGCUGACCUGUCUGCCACUAAUAAAUCUGCAGUUACAAUGCUACCACUUAUACUUCUCGUCCUUUAUGUGGUGUUUGGUGCACUGGGUUUCCACACACUACCAUGGGCACUGCUGGGUGAAGUCUUUCCUGCACACGCACGUGGGCCUGCAGCUGGAGCCACCACAUGUCUCGCAUACCUGGCAAACUUUGCAGCACUCAAACUGUAUCCUUCAUUGGCUGCAGCCCUGACAACUGACAGAGGUGAUGGAGAAUGGACAUCACGAGAUGUCUUUCUGUUCUUUGCGGCAACUUCACUUGCAGGAACUAUUUUUGUGGGCCUAUUGUUACCAGAGACAUACAGGCGUUCCCUGCAAGAGAUUGAGAAUAAUUUCCGGCAUGGUAAUAUCCUACAGGUUUGUGUCUCAACGCCAAAGAAAGAGAGUGAGGAGACAUUCAAAGGAGCUUGA